AUGGCUGUGAUCACUGGCAUUCUUGCGGCCAUAAAAGCCGCCACCGCUUUGGUCGGCGUUGGGAAAGUGUCCGUACUUCCGUUUUUGAUCGCCUCGAUCGCUUACUUCCAUUACGAUCAGUUCGAUCCCGAAAAUCGACCGGUUUCUGUGAAGAAAGUGGACGCCGAGUACGAUUUCGUAAUCGUCGGCGGAGGAUCAGCGGGAUCCGUUCUCGCUAACAGGCUUAGCGAGAUCUCCGAUUGGAAGAUUCUGCUUUUGGAAGCCGGAGGACACGAGACGGAAGUCACGGAUGUGCCGAUCCUCAGUUUGUAUCUGCACAAAAGUAGAGUUGAUUGGGGUUACAGACCGCAGCCUCAGGACUCGGCAUGCCAAGCGAUGAAGGACAAGAGGUGCAGUUGGACCAGAGGGAAAGUACUCGGUGGGUCUAGUGUUCUGAACACUAUGCUAUACAUAAGAGGAAAUCGGAGGGACUACGAUCAGUGGGCGAGUUUCGGUAACGAAGGUUGGAGUUUCGAUGAAGUUCUACCUUACUUCAAGAAAAGCCAGGAUCAGAGGAAUCCUUACUUAGCCAAAGACUCAAGACAUCACGCUACAGGUGGUUAUUUAACCGUUCAGGAUAAUCCAUACAACACUCCAAUCGGUAUUGCAUAUUUGCAAGCAGCUCAGGAAAUGGGAUACGAUAUUCGUGACGUAAACGGCGAUCAACAAACAGGCUUUGCUCUCUUCCAAUACACAAUGCGUCGUGGAUCAAGAUGCAGCACAGCCAAAGCAUUCCUGAGACCAAUCCGUCUACGAAAGAAUCUGCACAUAUCCCUCUGGUCGCACGUCACCAAAGUAAACAUAGAUCCUGCGACGCGUCGAGCAACAGGAGUCGAAUUCGUCAAAGAUGGUACCAUCUAUACUGUUAACGCGAGGAAAGAAGUCAUACUCUCCGGAGGCGCCAUAAACUCCCCGCAACUCCUGAUGCUCAGCGGCAUCGGACCGCGAAAACAUUUGCAGGAAGUUGGCAUUAACGUUGUGCACGAUUCGCCGGGCGUCGGGCAAAAUUUGCAGGAUCACAUCGCAGUCGGCGGAUUAACGUUUUUGAUCGACGAACCGAUCUCUCUGCUCACAUCAAGAUUGAUUAACAGCAACACGGCAAUUCGGUACGCCAUCAAAGAGGACGGCCCAUUAGCCUCGAGCGUUGGCAUAGAAACCGUAGGAUUCAUUUCGACAAAGUACGCAAACCAAUCGGACGAUUGGCCCGAUAUGGAAUUGAUGAUGUUGUCGACAUCGACGAGCGCCGAUGGGGGCACCCAAGUGAAGCAAGCGCACGGAUUAGAUGAUGAGUUUUAUAAAGAAGUCUUCGAAAGCAUUAAUUACCGUGAUCAGUUCGGCAUGUUCCCAAUGAUGUUGAGGCCCAAAUCACGUGGAUUAAUUAAAUUAAAAUCAAAAGAUCCCAUGGAAUAUCCCCUCAUGUACCACAACUACCUGACGGAUCCACACGACGUCGCCGUUCUCAGGGAAGGCGUGAAGGCUUCGUUAGCCGUUGGUGAAACGACGGCGAUGAAACGCUUCGGAGCCCGUUUACAUAGAACUUUACUUCCAAAUUGUAAGCAUCUUCCGCCAUUCACAGACGAGUAUUGGGAUUGCGCCGUGAGGCAAUACACUUUAUCCAUAUAUCAUUACUCUUGCACCGCGAAGAUGGGCCCACCCAGCGAUCCUUACGCCGUCGUUGAUCCCCAAUUAAGAGUGUACGGUGUAUCCGGACUUCGAGUAAUCGACGCCAGCAUUAUGCCGACAAUAACCAGUGGAAAUAUCAAUGCUCCGGUCAUUAUGAUCGGGGAGAAAGGAGCGGAUCUGAUUAAGGAAUAUUGGUUAACUCCGAUACAGUACAGGAGGAAACGGGAAGCUCGUUAUAAUGAAACGAUUGUAUAACAAUCGCGAAACAAUACAACAAUUCAAAUAAUCUAGUCAGCAGAAUUGAC